CAAGUCACAUUUCGUGCUCAAGCAAUCAGAGUUAGUUAGGCGAGUUGCGUGGUUUUGCAAGAUGGUGCAGAGCUGUUGACCUAUGGCAGGCGCAGAAGUUCUGGGCGUGAUCGUGUUCAGCAAGGAUCGGCCCUGCCAGCUGUUGUGCUCUCUGGCUUCGCUGCUUCGUCAUGUCACCGGCGUCUCCUUGAAGGUUUGGGUUCUGUACAAGGCAUCCCCCGAGUUCAGCGACUCAUAUGCCGUGGUGGAGAAGCUACUCACCACUCAGCUCUACGGCAAGGCCGAGUUUCAUUUCGCUGAAGAGGGCGAUGAAACUCUGGGGGAGCUGUUGGACAGCGUGACGACGCAGGCGAGGGGCGAGGCAUCCGCCGUUCUGCUCACGGUGGACGACGCCGUGUGGUUCGAUGACUUCGACGGAUCGGCUGCACUCCGGCUGCUGAGAAACGAUGCACGGGUCUAUGCGGUUCAUGCGAAGCUCUGCCCGCGCGUAGAAUAUGCCCACCCCAACAACAAAUUCAUGCGAGUGCCUCCGUUCGCAUCUGAGAGCAAGCGCGACUUGCGGUCGCAGAUCGAAGCUGCAUUUGAGCCAGAGCUCCUCGUGUUUGACAGGGAGAAAGGCGAGUAUGACUGGAACUACCCAUGGGAACUGAGUGCGUCCAUUUAUCGAUGGGAGGCCGUCAGAGAGAUUUUGGCGGCUAUCAGAUUAGAGUUUGGGCCGUCUGCCGCAGACCACCCGAAUCACUUGGAAGGUUAUGGCGUGCGGCUGCUGAAGCAGCAGAAGCUGGCAUCAGCCCAGGCUGCCCCUCUUUGUGCGUGCCCCUCUCAGCCGGUGGUGGCGAUUGUGACCAUCAACCGCGUGCAGACCUUGUUUGAGAAUCCGGUGUAUGAAGGCGAAACAUCCCCUGAGGUCCUCGACCGAGUGCUUCGAUAUGGCCUCCUGAAGGGCGCGCUGAGAGAGGAGCCGCUGAAGCCGCUGAGGGACCAAGGCGCUGCGUCUCUGGCUGCAAUGCUGGGCUGGUCGGCGGAGUGGUGGUCACAAUAUCUGGAAGGAGCUGAUGAUGAGAUUGGAAAGGCGUGGGGAAGCAUGUUCUGCUUCCAGAGCUGGCCUCCGUAUAUGCUGGGAGUCGCCUAUGCCGGGGCGUACUUGGACAGCGUGCAUGUGCCUCUACUGGAGCAAAGGCAGUUGCCGGCCCAACUGGCUCCUCCAAGUCCGCUGGUAUCUUGGCUGGUGCCAGUGAAAGAUACACCAUCGGACUGGUUGGCACUCGCUCUCGAAAGUAUCAAGCAGCAGGAGGGGAUGGGUCCCGGCAGCUGGGAGCUGAUUAUUGUGGAUGAUGCGUCUGGAGAGGACACCAAAGCGUCCUUGAGAUCCUGGGAUUGUCCAUGCAUCAGGGUGAUCCACCGGCUGGAGAGCACAGGCAUAGCUGCAGCUCUGAACGAAGGCUUGAAGCACUGCCGCGGCGACUUCAUCGCGCGCUUGGACGGAGACGACUACGCGCAUCCGCAGCGUUUGAAGAAGCAACUGUCGUUCCUGGAAAGGCAUGAAUCAAUCUCGAUCCUUGGUGGCGGCUUUCGCACUUUUGGGGAGCUUGGAGCUGAGUCUGUUCCAGUGAACUUCAAGCAAUAUCGGUUGCCGUGCCAUCCCGUCCUGACGAGAUGGCACAUGCUGUUUUCUUGUUCGCUGGCACACCCAACAGUUACGAUGCGGCGCAGCGUCGCCGAAGUGGCGCAGUAUCCGGAACAAGAAGCUGAAGAUCACUGGUUCUGGCUGUCUCUACCUCUUCACAUACAGAUGGCAAACAUCGCCGAUGUGGUUUGCUACAUUCGGCGGCAUUCCAACUCGAGGACUGCACAGGCGGCUGCCUCACUUCGGCAAUCCUCCUACGCUGCGGUGUGCAGGUUCUUGUGCGAGAAUGGCUUUUCCAGUCUGAGCGAAGCAGAUGUGGCAGUCUUGUGGGGGAAGGCAAAUGCAGAGUCUGCCGGCCAGGUUGAGGUGGUGUCCAAAGCACUAGACUGGAUGGAAACAUUUUUCGUGUCACUCAUCAAGACCGGGACUUCCAGUGAUAAGCAGCCGCUCUCUGCCAGCUUCAUCAAAGACUUCCUGGGAUCUCGCAGUGCUGCUCUGGAAGACUACGUGCGGUCUUCCUGCAGCAAGCUUCGAGGUGCUUUGGCUGUCCAGUCUCUGGCAACUGGCGAGGUGGAUGUGGGCGCUGCUUUCAUGAAGCAGUGGCUCAAGGGCGGAGAUGCUGGGCUGAAGAGCCUCGGCGCGCUGAUCCAGUCGGGCUACAAGUGACCGA